UUGGUCGAAGUUAAUUGGUAUCACCUGUGUGGUUCGUGGCCACCGCGUGGCGUGUGAGAGAUCUUACAAAAUAACCUUCAGAGAUCUCACUUCAGCGUCGGUUCACCUCAUAGACCUUUUCGCUUUUCUUCGGAUAACCUACUUGAAACCGAGCGGCGAAUAUGAACAAAUCAGACAAACCUUUGUCGACUCUGUGGGGUUGUGAGUUGACUGAUUCUAACAAAGAAGCGACCUUCAGCACGGAUGAAUCUGAUAUACAACAUCAAUUAGCCCUCAGAACCACGUGUGUCGGCCAUGACAUCAAAGAUGAAUUCAAUAUCGUUGAGUUGGUUUGUGGAGCAGCUGGUGAGAAGGCCGCAGCGGGAAUUCCUGUGGCAACGCUCCAUCCCAAAUUUAUGCCCACGGUUAAUUUAACUGGGAUCGAACUGCAUCCUCCAGUCACUUUUCGGCUUAAAUUUGGCUCAGGUCCAGUCUACGUUUCCGCAGAACAUAUUGCCAUUGAGGAGGAGGAUUUGUCUGAAGAAGAGGCCGAAGAGGAAGAGGAGGAGGAAGAUGAAGACAUCGAGCUUGAUGAGAGCGAAGAGUCUCCCGAGAAGCCCGUGAAGAAACCCGUGGCAGUCAAAAACGGUGGAGCUAAGAGAAAGAAGCCAGAGAAGGCAUUAGACAGCACUGUCUCAGACGACGAGAACAAUCCACCUAAGAAGGGAACAGGCAGGGGCAGGGGACGGGGCAGGCCCAAGGCACAGGCAUAGAAGAGAAGACCACCAGGAAUAUCUUUGUCGGGGUUCAGUUCACCUAGAUGUGUGAAAGCUGUUUUUGCCAACGGUCUUUCAUUGUGCUUUAAGCCAUUUUCCCAAAUGUUUGCAAGUUCAAGUUGUGCUUUAAUAUGAUGGCCUAAUGUUUGCCAAUUCACAACUUGUGUUUUAAGCACUUUUUCAAAUGGUUGUUUCAAAAAGUUGUUUUGGUAACCUUUUGCUGAGGUUGACCCUGCAUGAUGGAGAAAUAAACUUCCCUUUCCCUGA